UCAGCACGUACAUGCACAUGGAAUAGAAACUGUACAGUGUGUCUAGUUAUAGUAGCUAGCCAUGUCUACUACUCUGAUCCAAGUGACCAAUGUGUCACCCUCUGCUGGCCUCCAACAAAUGAGGGAGCUUUUCAGUUACUUUGGAGAUAUUGAGGAACUGAGGCUCUUUCCUGAGGAGUAAGUACGUGGAGAGUGAGUGGGUAUCAUUUGGAGAAAAUAAAGCCUGUACCUAGUACCCAGCUAAUUUUAGUGGGGAUGUUCCUGGCAGCCCCGGCCAUUGCCCUGGCCAACAGCGCUAGCAAACCAAUGGGUCACACUGCACCUCUCCUCCCCACACCUCCCUCUAUGGGGGCACCAGCACCCACUGGACCAGCUAUGGGAGCUGCUAUUAACCCUGCCGCUCUCUCCCAGUUCACUGCCCCCUUCAUAUCCAUGAUGGGCACGGUGGUCCCCCAACCUCCCCCUCUCACUGGUAACAUAGACCCCACCAAGAUCGAGGAGAUAUGACGCACCAUCUACAUCGGCAACCUGGCUAGCAACAUGACGGCUGAACAGGUGCUCACUUUCUUCCAGCCUUGUGGUGAGAUCAAGUACGUGAGGAUGGCCGGAGACGAGACCCAACCCACCAGAUUUACGUUUGUUGUACCGAGUCUGUGCCCAUAGCCCUUCAAUACAACGGAGCCAAGUUUGGAGAGCGUCCAAUCAAUUGCAGACAUGCUAUGAUCGAGUGAGGGCCUCCUCCCUGCGUACCACGGUCACAGUGGACCAGGAGGGGAGGGACAGGGGCAGAGGUCGGGUACCCGAGUACCUCCAGGGCCAGUUCAGUAAAGAUGCCCAAGCACUCACUCCUAUAGCUCUCCUAGAAACACUGCUACUAUAGAUCUAGAGACAGCACUGUGUAAUUUUGAUGAUAAUGAUAAUUGUGGUUGUGUUGAUGUCAAUGUGGGCAGCCUGAGGGAGAGUCCCCCUCGCCUGGCUAGCUUGCAUUCAUGGCCUCAAAAGAUGCUACUAAGAUUGAAGUGAUCCGGGAUGAGAUAGAAGGAACGAACCUAGGUUUAGGUACAAGUGAUUUACAGCUUAUAUAUGAAGCAUUGUUUGAAGUGAGGGCUAAGUGGCGGCCGAUAGGUCUGGAGCUGCGGUUGACUCCAGGUACCCUGGAUGCAAUCGAACAGGGGAAAAUCAAUCCGUCUGAUCGAUUAGAGGCAGUCCUGCUUGAUUGGCUACGGGUGACAAUAGGAGCCACAUGGGAACAACUGAUUGAUGCUCUACGGUCAGCUCUGGUUCGUGAAAUACGAUUAGCAGAGAAGUUGGAGCUGAAAUACUGUUCUCCAGAAACUGGCCACGGGGAGAAAAGGAAGUAUAGGAGCGAUGAUGAACAGCAACUGACAAAUGAUAUCAAAACCAUUGAGAAGAAGUUUGCUAACCUGCGCCGAGAAUCUUUGAAGAAGAAGAAGAAGAAGAAGAAAAAGAUUGUUAAAUUAGUGUCCCUGGUAGCCCUCCUCACAUCGUAUCGAACGUCCCGUGCUGUGAUUCACAAACAGAGUGACAUGCUGCUUGCUGAACAGCAGGAAGAUCUCAGAAAGGCUGCUAGUGUUGAUGAAAUCUUUGUCAUUAUCUCUCCAUUUUGGUCGUUCCUUGAUUUUGAGAUUCUAGAAGACGUGAUUAAUAAGUUUGGAACUGAAAGUGAUCAACGUGAUUUGGCUACGUAUUUCACUGAGCUCAGAAAGUUUCUCAACACAUGGAAAGUAGAGCCUUGCAAGAUCAGCCGAUUGAAUGAUAAUAAAAAAAGUGUUAAAUUUUGCUUCAAGCUCGACACUGAAUCUCUUGCAAUUUAUCGUGACCUAAAGGCUGCCAUUGCUAGGAUUCUUAAAGUGUCUGUCUAUGCUGUACACUUGCAUUCAAUCGAGGAUGGUUCCAUUCAGCUUAUUUUUUUCUUCCUAGGGAUAGUACAAUUAUCAUUUCACGAGUGUGAUCAAAUUGCACAAAUAAUUCCUUCUGUGCUAAAGGUGUCAUCAAUUCAUGGAUCAACAAAUGAAGUCCUCUUUGAGAGAGAGGAUCAGAAUCCAUCUCCUCCUCACAGCCAGUCACUACCCGUUGUCCCUGUAGUGGGUACAAUUGUGGACAGAAUUGUUGGUAGUAUUAUCGGUGCUGUGGCGGGUGGUUUUAAUGUGGGCGGCAGUACAGGGGUUGCAUCAGGUGAUAGCGGAGCUAUCCAUAGCAACAUACCACCACCUCAGAUCAGACAAGAGUCUACUGGUCAUGAAGAGUUAGAGGGAAAGACAAUCCAAGAGCGCCAACAGAAAAAGUGGUAUCAGCGAUUAUUUUCUUGGAGAACAUCACAAAGAGCAGGUGAAGAGGAUGAACCCAAGACUACACCAUCACCAGGGGAAACGGUUGAGCCCUCAGGGCAACAUACAAGUGUAACUGAGAAGGACAGUGAGUCAUCACCACAGGGGGAAAGGUGGUACCAAAGAUUGUUUGCAAGGCUUUCAUUAAGAAGAUCAGAUAGGCCGACACCAUCACUAUUAAGUCUACCAUCAUCACCAUUGGAGGCACAUUCAAGUUCAAUUGCUCCCCCUCUUUACCCAAGGCUGUCAUCAUCAACAGAGGACCUUGAUAUUGAAGGACCUUUCUACCCUCUCAGGCUUCGGCACAGAUUUUCAGAGAGCAGUGAUAGCUCUGACGAUAUCUACCCACAGAUUUAUGAUCCCCCUCUUCCUUACCCAAUACCACCACAGAACGUAAUUGAUAGCUGCCCACAGAUUGAUGAUUCCCCACAGAGAAUCAACAUUGAUAAGCUCUGACGAUAUCGAUAUCGAUAAUUCUGAACCAAAUAAUAACAAAUAUAGUCAAACUUCAGAGUCGGUCUAAAACGUUAAUUGUGGUUGUGUGUGUGUGUGUCUUCUUGAUACAUGUAGGUGUAGUGUAACUUUAACAUUUCGUGUCUUUUUGUAUGUUUAUUUUUCUGUUGGUCUACAUGUCAGUAUAGCCCUUCAGCAUCA